AAAUUAUUUCGUUAUUUCAUUAUUCGAUUUUGAGCUCUUUGAAAUUGUUCUUAGACUGUUUUUCCUGGUAAACCAACCCAUUGCUUCAUGGACACAUCUCCAGGAGCAAGCAAUACGAGCUAUAAGGAAAUUGCGCCAUUUGCUGGCCAAGUGCAAUAUCCAAAUUGAAUAAUUCAAACAUCAUAUCCAAAUUAAAUUUUGAGCUCAUACACGACAACUUAAAACAUAUUCGAAUAUAAUGGCUAAGAAGAAGAAGGGUAAGAAGGGCAAAAAGGGCAAGAAGGACCCAUGUGCAAUUAAUGUCACAGAUCAAAUGAUAAGACCAAUGAUGCCAACAACAGCUGAAACAUGCAAUGAGUGUUGUCAGUGUCAAUGCGAAUGCGAUUGCAGUCCGGAGAUACAGCCGUGCUUUAUACAGCCAACACGUCCAGAUCCGGGUCCGGAUGCUUAUGAUGAAUUUGAAGCCUGCCUCAAUGGUAGUGGACUAACUAUACGCGUCUUAAAGAACACACACAAGGUGGAGAGUGUCAAUGAUGGUGCCGGCUCGAAUUUGGGUGCCGACGAUGAUCCCGUCUAUCGGCAGAGUCUCGACGAUUGUCCGUCCAACAAUUGUCUCAAUGAUUUGCUGCAGCGCAGCGACUUUGCCCGCAAACAUAUCCAGCGUCGCACCUGCGGUAGCAUUGUGAAUCAUCCAAAGAUACCAAAGAUCCGAGCCAAUAUUAAGUAUUCGGGUAAUGAUACCUGCGAGGCGGAUGAUUACUAUGUGCCCUUCUCCAAGAUCAAGGAGGCAUGCGAGAAUGCCCAAGCCAAGGUCGAUUGUUAUAGAUCGCAGGUCUGUGAUCGGAAUGAGGCCAAAGUCGAUUGCUAUCGCCGUCGUUUAUGUGGUGGCGGUGCUCCAGUGAUUCCAGCGGUGCCACCCACAAAGAAUCAACGCAAUUGUUGCAUGCAAGUGGAGGCGAAGGACAUUAAGGAUACCAUGAAGGGCGUCAACUUGGACACCAGACAGAAGGGCAUCGAGGUUUGUUACAAAACGUGCGAUGAGACGGACAGCGAUGUGUUCCUCGUUAAGCUGGGCAGCAAAUCGAAAUCCCAGCACAAGAAGAACACCAUUGAGAUCGAGCUGCGCACACCAAAGCAGCCGGUUACAUUGCCCAUAAGUAAGGUAACCACUGAGACAUAUGUCACGGAAGCUCUGCUCGAUGCCGCCAAGGGGGGCAAGGGUAAAAAGAAGGGCAAAGGCAAGAAGGGCAAGGGCAAAGGCAAAAAGAAAAAGUAAAUAGCCAUGUCCAAGGAACCAGAGAAUCCUGAAUAGUUCAACGGAGAAGACUAUUAAUCUUCCUAAAGAAUUUUACCCUGCUAUGCAAAAUCUAUAUCCAUAUUAUAUGUAUAUAGUAACUCUUGACAUAACACAAAUUCUUCACAAUAUGGAUAGGAAACUUUCUUUUGGUCAUUUAGUAGUUUCAACGAAAUGAACAAAAUUUAAACGCCAUACAAUAAUAAAUAUUAUGUUUCGGAUAAUGCAAAA